AUGCUCACGUAUGCUCCGGCGCCCAUCGAGGAUGUGCAGGAGGCAGAGCUACGGAAAGCGCUUCUGGCGUCGCAGAAGGCAUUUGAGGACGAGGAGGAAAGGGAGCUCCGCUGGGCCUUGGAGGAAUCUGCGCGGCUGGCACGGCAGGAGGAAUCCGCCCGACUGGCUGAGGAAGAGGAGAUUCGGAAGUUUUACAUGGCAGACAUGCAGAACAAGCACAAGUCCAAGGCAAGAUCUGGGCACCGAACGAACCGCAUGGCCCGCAUGGCCCGCAUGGCCCGCAUGGCGGCGUUUUGGAGGCAAGGCGGAAGGAGGUGUCGGACGCCUCUGCAGUGCCAGGGCCCAGCGUUGGCGUUAACCAUCUACCGAGCGUUGGGAACGGCCCUGCAGCGUCUCCUGGGCCGUGUGCCCGAACCGGACGACAGAGUGUUCCACUUCGACCCGGGGCGGAACCGCGCCACCAUGGAGUUGCCCAGCCUGAGACCUCCGCAGCAGAUCAGCUGCGAAGUGGAGAUGGAGGAGGAUACGCCCUUCGAUGAGCUGUCCAGCGGGGAGCAGCAGGCCUUGAGGCAGGCGGCGGAGCGGAAGAUCUCGCAGCUCAUGCUCCAGGAGCUAGAGUCGGAGGGCUUGCUCACGUGCAACUGGCGCAAGGGGGGCGUCGAAUCUGCGCGGGAGGCGCCGGUAGCGCUGAUCCCCCGGAACCAGCGAGUGCGCACGGUGCCGCCGCGCGUCUGGGCAGCGCCAGGCACGCGCUCGGGGGAGCCGGUCUUCAUGCGUCUCCGGAAGCUUCAGGACGGCUUCGUCGCUGAGCCGCCGGAUGAGUACAAGGAGACACUCAUCUUCAGGCCUGAGCCGGAGCCCUGGUACGCCACCUUGACCUUGUGCGGCGCCGUGUCGGGCUACCGCCGCCUCGAGGCCGCCGCCCACGGCCGCACCCCGCAGGCAGCACGGGAGGCGGCGGCGCAUGGCUUACUGCAGCAGCUGCCCAGCAAUGACAGGAUACCUCCACCUGCGCCCCCGGUGCCGCCCGCCUGGCCGCCCCCGAAUUGGCAGCCCCCGCAGCAGCGCGCGCCCCCACCGCAACAGCGCGCGCCCGCGGCAAACAGGACAAUACCUCCUCGCUUCCGCUUCCAGAAGUGCGGGGCUCGGUCACUGGACCUCUGGGCAGCGGUGGAACACCUGGCGCGGAGGCUCCGCUCCCGGCGGUUCCAACGUCGGUGGCCGCACGCCGCCCCCGCCGCCCAAGCCGAAGCGCAAGCCGCGGAUCGUGUCCUGAGCUCGCCGACGCGGCGCUGCGGCGGUUUUCGGCCCCCGGCCACCCGGAACCCGAAUUUCUGGGCGCAGCGAGCCUCCUCCAGCAGCUCCACCACCGCUCGGGCGGAGGCGCAGUUGGUCGAGUCGGAAGAAGAGGGCGUGGCCUGGGACAGCAACAGCGAGGACAGCGACGAUGAUGGCCCACCACCCUUGGAGCUGCUACCAGACAGUGAGGAGUGA